AUGGCGCUGCCUCUAGUGCCGUACACAAUAGUCAAGUUAUGCCGUGCUGCAUCAAAAAAGGCCACAAAUAUUAAUUGCCAGUGUUCAGUUUGCUUUCGCUCGGGGAAAUAUCGCAAAUCUAUAUUCAAAAGAAUUUCCAACUUUUCAACAUACAGUAACCUGACCCUCGUGCUGCUUUGGAUCCUCAUGGCAGUCUUGGUUUACUAUAUCAAACAUAUCAGCACUGAGAACCAAAUUUUUGAACCAUUCAGCAUUCUUGGAGUGGAAACUGGAGCUUCAGAUUCAGAAAUAAAGAAGGCAUAUAGGAGACUUUCUAUCUUAUACCAUCCUGAUAAAAAUCCUGAUCCAGAGGCACACAAGUAUUUUGUGGAUUAUAUCUCAAAGGCAUAUCAGGCUCUAACAGAUCCAGUAUCACGUGAGAACUUUGAGAAAUAUGGCCAUCCCGAUGGCAGGCAGGGGCUUCAAAUGGGGAUUGCUCUCCCUCAGUUCCUUCUUAACAUUGAUGGUGCAUCUGGAGGAAUACUUUUAAUUGGAAUUGUAGGCGUUUGUAUUAUUUUGCCCCUGACAAUAGCUGUCAUAUACUUGUCAAAGUCAUCAAAAUAUACAGGAAAUUUCGUCAUGCAUCAGACAAUAUAUGCUUAUUACCACUUCAUGAAGCCUUCUUUAGCUCCAAGCAAGGUCAUGGAUGUUUUCAUUAGGGCUGCUGAAUACAUGGAAAUUCCAGUUCGUCGUACUGAUGAAGAAUCUCUUCAGAAAUUGUUUGUGUUAGUCAGGAGUGAGUUGAAUCUAGACCCCAGAAACAUCCGGCAAGAACAAGCUAAGUUUUGGAAGCAGCAUCCUGCUUUAGUAAAGAAUGAAUUGUUGAUUCAAGCCCAUUUGACCCGUGAGACUGCAGCAUUAUCACCAUCUUUGCAGCGUGAUUUCAAACAGAUACUUGCCCUUGCACCUCGACUUCUUGAAGAAUUGAUGAAGAUGGCAAUUAUACCACGCACUCCACAGGGGCAUGGGUGGCUGAGACCUGCAAUCGGGGUGGUGGAGCUAUCUCAGAGUAUCAUCCAGGCUGUUCCCCUCAGUGCAAGAAAAGCAACCGGGGGAUCCAGCGAAGGAUAUGGUCCCUUUUUGCAGCUGCCACACUUCACUGAGUCUGUUGUAAAAAAGAUCUCCAGAAAGAAAGUACGCACAUUACAAGAUCUUCGAGACAUGAAACCAGAAGAGCGUGCAGAGCUGUUGACUCAGGCUGCUAGUUUUUCUGUGGAUGAAUCCCGAGACGUGGAGAUAGUAAUUGAAAUGAUGCCUUCUAUUUCAAUUGAUAUAAGAUGUGAGACAGAAGGUGAAGAGGGGAUACAAGAGGGUGAUAUUGUAACAAUGCAGGCUUGGAUUACUCUUAACCGUGGCAAUGGCUUAGUUGGUGCUCUUCCACAUGCUCCUCACUUUCCUCUCGAAAAAGAGGAGAAUUUCUGGUUACUUAUUGCAGAUUCCUUGUCAAAUGAUGUGUGGAUCUCUCAGAAGGUAAAUUUCGUAGACUAA